AUGCUGAGAUCGCUGGUGACAACCGUCAGAUUGACAAGCAGAGGCACCCACACAAAACUGGCCGAUCCGGCUUGUCCGGUUGUGCGCGUGGACGGCGCCAAUCCAAGCAACUCGGCCGUCGACACUGCCGCUCGUCUACUUCUAGAAGGACACGUGGUUGCCUUGCCGACGGACACGCUGUACGGCGUUGCCGCGGACGCCCGGAAUAAGCAAGCAGUGCGUCAGCUGUACAACGUCAAAGGUCGGGCAGAGAGGAAGGCCCUGGCCAUUUGCCUGGGACAGGUGUCCCAAGUGAGAGACUGGGCUCAGGUGCCCUUUUCCGACGAGCUGCUGCACGACCUUCUACCCGGACCGCUGACCCUCCUGCUGCGGCCCUCCUUGGAGCGACACCUCGACUUGCCAGGCAAUCCUCCUCUGGUCGGUGUCCGCGUUCCUGGACUAGAGUUUCCUUGCCGAUUGGCUGAUGAGUUGGGCGGACCUCUGGCACUGACUUCAGCCAAUUUGAGUGGACAACCGAGUGCUCUGUCAAUCGACGAGUUCCAGAAUCUUUUUCCCCUGUUACAAGCUGUUUUUGACGGUGGAAUCAUUGGGAAAGGAGAGAUUAUAUAA